GCCGAUUUGACCAUAUUUGGAGGGCGGUCCGUGCAUGCUGCAUACGUCACUGCUGCGUCACAUCCGUUCUCUCUUUCCUGUCCAAGCUCUUAACAUGGCGCCGAUCAAACAGAAGAGGCCUGCUGUUGGCAAAAGGUCUAAAAAGGGAGUUUCAUGGAAGUUCACCCUGGACCUGACACACCCUGUGGAGGACGGGAUCCUGGACUCUGCCAACUUUGUACGUCUGCUCUCCAUCCUCUAACUAUCAUGUAUUAUUAUAUCUGUGAUCAUGCACACAGCUCACCAGGUGUCUGGACUAGGGUCUCCUUCCCUAGCUCCAAACUUACUAGGGUUGCCUUCCCUAGUGCAUCACUGUGCUUUGUUCAUCAGGAAACCUUCCUCAAAGAGAGGAUCAAGGUGAAUGGAAAAACAGGCAAUCUGGGUAACAUCGUUCAGGUCGGCCGCAUGAAGAACAAGAUCAACGUCACGUCUGAGAAGCAGUUCUCCAAAAGGUAUCUGAAGUACCUGACAAAAAAAUACCUGAAGAAGAACAACCUCCGUGAUUGGCUGAGAGUGGUGGCGUCCGACAAAGAGACAUAUGAGCUGCGUUAUUUCCAGAUCAGUCAGGAGGACGAGGAGUCGGAGACAGAUGAGUGAAGAGCAGCAGUGGAAUGUGUGGGCAGUAAAAUAAAAGUGCAAAAACUUUC